UAUUUUUGAGUUUCUGACAUUUGUUGGAUUUUGAAAUCAUUCUAAAACAUAAACUUCUAAUCUAAGAAAGUUCAAAUUUUUAGUUCAUAUUGUGAGACCCAUAUUAUUAAAAAAGAGAGGUAGACAUAUAGUUUGGUGUAUAGAAUAUGCUAAUGCAGUUUUAUACGUUAUAAAGGUUCAGCAAAGUAAAAAAUUAAAAAAAAAAAGAGAUCAAAAUCAGCAAGUUAAUGAUUAUUACAGUAAGUGCUUGAAUUAGAGGCAAAUCAUUCUUGAAAUUUUAUUAUAUACUGUUUUGGAGAUAAUUACUCAUCAGAUGUAUCAAAAAUGAAUGUUAUGUUUUAAGAUUCUUGGAAGUUUAGUGCUCAUGUUCUUUUGUAAUUGCUAUGUUAUGCAGUUGGAAGGAAAAACUAAAAGAAAUUAAGGAAACGAGGAUGGGUGAAAAUUCUACACACAACAAGAGAACUGGUCUGCCCAGAAAACGAUUUUAUCGAGCACGUGCUCAUAGUAAUCCAUUAAGUGAUUCGCAUUUUCCAAUUCCUAUUUCCCCUGCUGGGGUUGAUUAUUCCCUACAUUACCCUGAAAUGGUUAAAGUAUAUCCUUCCAAAAAGAUCCAGUUUGCUGAUGUUGGUUGUGGAUUUGGAGGCCUUUUAAUAUCCCUUGCACCCCUUUUCCCUGAUACACUUAUGGUCGGAAUGGAGCUACGAGACAAGGUGACAGAGUAUGUGAAGGAGCGAAUUUUGGGUUUGAGGACGACUAAUCCUGGUCAAUACCAGAAUAUUUCGGUGGUACGGACCAAUUCAAUGAAGUACAUUCCGAAUUACUUUGGGAAAGGACAGCUUCAAAAGAUGUUUUGCUUGUUUCCGGACCCCCAUUUCAAAGAGAAGAAUCAUCGUCGACGAGUUAUUAGUCCAUUCUUGCUAGACGAGUAUGCAUAUGUGCUUGCUGUUGGUGGAAUUAUAUACACAAUAACGGAUGUCGAGGAGCUUGGUGAAUGGAUGAAAUCCUGUUUGGAAGAACAUCCGAUGUUUGACCAACUUGAAGCUGAUCAGGUUGUAAAGCUCCUCAGUAGUGCAACAGAAGGACAAAAGGUAGCACGCAACAAUGGACAAACAUUUCGAGCUGUUUAUAGACGAAUUGCAACUUGCUGAGUUAUCAUGGUCAAAUUCUAGGGGAUUUUUGUAACUUUCUUCGCUUCGAGUCUUCAUACCUGUCUGAUUGUAAGAGAUGAUAUUGAUGUCUUCUUUUGUUGAGUCAACAGAAGUGCGGUCUGUGCAACUAAUUAUAGGUACUUUGUGACAGAUUAUGAAGAUUAAUCACGAUUCUGCCAUUUUUUCUUAAUUUUGAUUGUUCCAUUCCUGAGAAGGCAGUUAGUUUUGGUUUAUUUUAGUUUCUUACAAUGGAUUCCUUGUUGCUGGAUAUGCUGAGUUGAUAGCUACACAACUGCACAAGAAUGUUUGCUGUUUGUGCAUUGUCAUCAAGAAUUUUGAUAGAAUGAGAUAAUUUGAAUGAGCAGACUGUUGUAUUGUUGACAAAAUAUUAGCUGUAGUAGAUCAAGUAGGCACUUAUAUUGAGCUUCAAA